GAAAAGAGCCGGAAAUAUCGUAGCUCAUUGUGUUACAAGAUGGAAUGCCUACGAUAACUUAGAACGUGUUUGUUUGGACAAUUUUCCCUAAAAUUUAAUGACUUUGACGGAGCUUGAUUUAAUAUAAUUCUUCGGCUAACUUUUCCUAUAAAAUAUAUGAUAAAAUAUAUCAUCUAACUUUUCCUAUAAGGUAUAUAAAAAAUAAAAAAUAAAAAAAAUCUUAACAUUACCCCGUAUUAAAUUGGUGUCAUUAAUCUUCCUGUAAUGUAAUCUUUUCUGACCUCUUUUGGAGCUUUUUUACUUUUAUUUACGCUGCACUCACUCUCUCUCUUUCUCCUCCAUUGAAGCGUACUCUCAGCUUUCUCUCUAUUCAACCGACUUUGUUCUUCCUUUCCUCCAUUGAAGCAUCUUCUAAGCUCACCACCAAAUUAUUCUCACAAAUCACAGCAGUCAUGUCAGAGGCAGACUUGGAGAACAUGCUCUUGGAGGCAGCAGGACGAACAGGUGCAUCCAAGAGAAAUAAACAGUCUCAUCCAACUUCCAAAAGACGGCACAAGGGUUCGUAUUCAGAUGAUGGAAGUGAUUCCAAGGAUGAUGAGUCAGAUGAUAACCAUGGACAUGCUGGUAAAAAGCUGUCUGGGUCUCAAGUUCCUUUAAAAAAAAGGUCAAAGAAUAGAAAUGAUGAUCCCGGUAGUGAUGAUAUGGAUAUCAAAGGUGGAGGAUCUGAUCGUGAAGUUGAUAGCAGUGAUUCUGAUGUUGGUAGUGACCUUUACAAAGAUGAAAAUGAUAGGGAGGAACUUUCAAAGUUGACAGAACUUGAGAGGGAGAUGAUCCUGUCUGAUAGGGCUGCAAAGAUAGAUGAUAGGAAAUUACAUAAACAGAUGCGAUCAAGAUUGAGCAGUGAUAAAAAGUCCCAAUCUGCGAAAGACAUCUCACCUCCUGCUUCUUCUCGUGGAGUGCGUUCUUCUAUCAGAUAUGCUGAUCGUUCAGCGGCCAAGGCUGAUGCCUUGAAGGAAUUGAAAGCUAGACGGAUGAAGCGGGAUCCAGAGGGAAAGCAGAGAGGGACCCAUGAACACCGUGCUUCCAGGGAAUACUCUCCAAAGAAGAGGAAAGGUGUUGGUUCUUCUAGCUCAGGUAGCUCUAGUGAGAGUAAAAAUGGAAGUGAUUCUCGCAGUGAUGAUGAAGGGUCGACAGGAGGUGGCAGAAUGGACUAUAGUGAUGAAGAUAGAGACAGUACUAUCUCCAAUACUCCAACAUAUGAACAGAUAAAGAAUAUUACUAUCAGGAGGUCGAAACUGGCAAAGUGGUUUAUGGAACCAUUUUUUGAGGAGUUGAUCAUCGGUUGCUUUGUCAGGGUUGGUAUUGGGAUGAAGGAUGACCGAAGCAUUUACAGGUUAUGUAUGGUUCAAAACAUUGAUGCUUCAGAUCCAAACAGAAAAUAUACGCUUGAGAAUAAGACAACCCAUAAGUACCUAAAUUGUGUGUGGGGCAGUGAUCGUUCUGCUGCAAGGUGGCAGAUGGCUAGAGUUUCUGACUCUCCACCUACUUUGGAAGAGUUUAAUGAAUGGAGAAGAGAGGUGGACCGUAGUGGUGGUCAAAUGCCACACUCUAAAGAAGUUUUGGAGAAGCAAGAUGCUAUUGAUAAAAUAAAUGGUUUCGUUUACUCAGCUGAAACAGUGAAACAAAUGUUGCAUGAAAAGAAAUCGGUCUCAGCCAGGCCGAUGAACAUUGCAGCUGAGAAGGAGAAAUUGAAGAGAGAGUUGGAAAUUGCGGAGUACAAAAAGGAUGCUGAUGAGGUUGAAAGAAUCAAAACCCGACUAAAAGAACUUGAAAAAGCCAGACAAGGCCAAGAUUUAGAUAAAAAGGCACUUAAGCUUGCGGAAAUGAACAAAAAGAAUCGAGCUGAGAAUUUCCGAGUUUCUUCCUCGAGAACAGCAGACCGGAGUUUGAAUCCUGGAGAUGCUGGGUAUGACCCUUUUUCAAGAAGAUGGACUAGAUCUACAAACUAUUAUGCAAAGCAGGAAGCUAAGCCUGCAACAACUGGAGUAGGAACAGCUGAAGGAGUUAAUGAUGUCAGUGUAUCAAACACUGAGAAGAGCAAGAGCAGUGAUGCCAAGGAUGCUACAACUGCAGCUUUGGUGGCUGCUGCUGGAGCAGGCAAAUUGGUGGAUACAAAAGCACCAGUGGACCAAGGAACAGAGUCAAACACACUGCAUGAUUUUAAGCUACCCAUUUCUCUGUCUUUGUUAGAGAGUUUUGGGGGGGCAUAUGGGGCAGCAGCUGCCUUUUUGGCCAGAAAACAGAAGAUUGAAGCUAAUAUAGGUUGCCAAGUUCCAGUAGACGACGGAAGAACACAUCCACUGACUCUUUCAGUGGGUGACUAUAAGAGGAGGAGAGGGUUGCUUUGAAAAACUUCUCUUUUGGUUCUUCUGUAGUUCAGAUUUGGCCUCCUGUACUCAGUAAGUUUUAAUGUUUUAUGCAAGUUAUCAGUAGCUCAUUAGGUAGUUUUUACGGUACUAGCUGUAUGAAGUUUCCUGGUUGCAUUGAUGUUUUUCCAAGAUACAGGACUGUAAUGUGCAAUCAGAAUUAGUUUCUUCUGUUCAAUUGAUUAGAACUCGUACUACUUCAGUUUUGAGAGUUUAAUUUUCAAUUGCCUGCUUAUUGAUCAUGAAGGCUCUGUUAUAAAAAAGUCAAGCUAGUUAUUUGCA